UUUAGUUUCCGAGAAGAAAUUGCCAAGUUUCUUACUGAAUAUGCAAAUGCUUCAGUACCACUAGAUCCAGAACAUAUUAUUGUUAUGAAUGGUUGCUGUGCUGUCUUUGCAACUCUUUCAACUGUGUUGUGUGAUCCUGGAGAUGGAUAUCUUAUUCCAACUCCAUAUUAUGGUGGCAUAAAUUCCAAAACUUGGCUGUAUGGUGGAAUGCAACCUGUUCAUGUACCCUUACUCAGUGAGGUAGCUGAUGAAGGAAGCCAGCCUUUUCAAUUAACAGUUGAAAAAUUAGAAGCUGCAUAUCAGAGAGCCAAAGAACAGGGCAUCCGAGUCAGAGCAUUAAUCCUGAUCAACCCUCACAAUCCAUUAGGGGACAUUUACCCAGCACAGUUACUGAAAGAAUGUCUAGAGUUUGCGCACAGGUAUGAGUUACAUGUAAUAAUGGAUGAAAUUUACAUGCUGUCAGUAUAUGGUGAUACCACAUUCACAAGCAUCCUUAGCUUAAGGAGUUUACCAGAUCCAGACAGGACCCAUUUUAUGUGGGGAUUUAGCAAGGAUUUUGGCAUGUGUGGUGUCAGAGUUGGAGUGUUAUACACCAGAAACCAUUCUAUCAGGAAAGCAGUUAAUCAGCUGGUGGUUUUCCAUGGAUGUCCUGGCCCUGUGCAGCACGUUCUCCAACAAAUCCUUAGAGACAGAGAAUGGCUGGAUAAUGUGUUUUUCCCAAUAAAUAAAAAAAGAUUAAAAGAAGCUCAAAACAUUCUUGUGGAAGGUCUUGCAGAGAUUGGAAUACCUGUUUUAAAAAGCUCAGGAGGAUUAUACGUGUGGGCUGAUUUCAGGAAGUAUUUACAAACACAGACAUUUGAAGCUGAAAUCGAUUUAUGGAUGAAGAUUCUCAAUGAAAAACUUUUGAUUAGUCCUGGGAAGGCCUUCUGCUGUUAUGAACCCGGAUGGUUUAGACUAGUCUUCUCAGAUUCUGUAGAUAAGAUUACUUUGUGUAUUCAGAGACUUCAACAAAUGCUAUGUGAUAAAAUGGAUGAACCUGUUACUAUUUGUUCAUCUCCUGAAGGAAACAAAUGUAUUGAGUCAGAUGACAAUGUGUCUGCUAAUGUCAUAAAUACACCAGUGGAUGAUAUGUCAGAGGGAUAUUCACAGCUGAAGAAAAUAACUGUAUUCUAAGAUCUGGACUGCUAAAACAAAUAACAACCUCUCUGUUUUUAUGUAUCAUGAGACUCCCCUUUCUUUUCUUUUUAUAUAACCACA